AAAGAAGAUAUGGAUAAGUUCGAUAUAAUCAAACGUAUUUCAGAAGUUAGCCAAUUACUCUUAGACUUACACUAUGAAGAAACCAUAAAUAGACGAAAACUUAUCAUACUCUUGCUAGACAAAAAGUUUUGGAAUACAAUACAAGGUGUAAAACGAGAAACCUACCUUUUUGGUGAUAAACUUGGCGAAAAUAUCAAAAACACUAAGGAUAUUGAAAAAUCAAGCCAACAUAUUAAAAAAGCAACACCUGCGCAACAACCAUUCCAGAGAAGAACUACUUCAUUGGGAAACGCGCGGGGUCCUCCUCGCCAGCAGCAGAGUCAAGCGAAGCCGACGACGUCAGCGACGAACCGCUUCCAGCCACCGCCUGCCGCAACGAGGAGGACGCAGCAACCACGCGCCCGUCCGGCUCCCUCCAGCAGGCAUCACGAUCGGAGACACAAAUAGAGGGAACGUCACCCAUUGUGGAGCAGCCUUACCCUGGCGUGCGGAAUAUUAUCCGGCAAGCGUACUUAAACAAUACCAUUGGAAAUGACACAGUAGAUAUAAUGCUAAACUCUUUAUCAAACAACACAAUCUCGCAGUACAAUGUCGCAUUAAAACAAUGGUUUCGUUUCUGUCAAAUUAAUAGAAUCGAUUUGUAUAAUGUAUCCACUCCACUUAUAUUAAAAUUUCUCACAGAACAAUUUCACAGAGGUGCUAGCUAUAACACAUUAAAUUCUUAUCGUUCCGCACUUACACUAAUCCUGGGUAAAACUUGCUGCAGUGACGAGAACAUUACUAGAUUUCUAAAAGGGGUGUUUAGAAUCAAACCUUGUUUUCCUAAACACAACACAAUCUGGGACCCUAACUUGGUAUUAAACCACUUAACAACCUUGUUUCCAAACACGUCCUUACGGUUAGAUAAGAUAACUAAAAAGCUUGCAACUCUUCUCGCGUUGUCCACGGGACAACGUGUGCAGACGUUGUCUUUAAUUAAUGAAAAGGACAUAGCUAUCAAUGAGACUCAUAUAUGCAUUGAAAUCAAUAACAUUAUAAAAACUUCCGCACCUAAUCGAAAGAAUCCGAAGCUGAUUAUACCUUUUUUCAGAGAAAAAGAACCAAUUUGCCCAGCUUCAACCUUGUGUUCAUAUAUAGAAUUUACAAAACAAUACAGACAGCUUUCUGAUACAGAGAAGUUAUUCCUAACCACUAAAAAACCAUAUCACAAUGCUAGCUCGCAAAGCAUAAGUCGCUGGAUCAAAGAAAUGUUACGUGAGAGUGGUGUGGACGUAAAUAUAUUCACGGCCCACAGCACUCGUCACGCGUCAACCUCUGCCGCGAGCAGGUCUGGUGUUUCUAUUGAUGUUAUCAAACAAACUGCAGGUUGGGCAGGCAACUCACUUUGCUUUGCAAAAUUUUACAAUCGUCCCUUAAUUAACGAUGAUACUAACUUUUAUUUUGCUGAGGCUAUUAUUAAUAACAAGAAUUGAUUUGUUACUUUAUGAUUUGUUUACAAUUAUGAUAUUAACUACUAGAAACUGUAAUUAAUGUUUGUAUAAAUCAAACUGUUGA